AUGGAUCCCGGAUGGCAGCCAUAUCAGGAUCCCCUGAUAGGUCGCCCUGCGCAAUACACUGGGUUGACCUCUCAUCCUCCAGCCAAGUACAGUCAGCCACAGCAGUCACAGCCCCCAGUCGGAUACACGUAUGAAACCUUUCAAACCCCAAACACCAACUCUAAGCCUCCUUCAACCGGUCCACAUUCCAAGCCUGUGUCGAUGGCUUCGUCUCCGACCGGUGCUCCACGUAACCGGGAUUAUAUUGCCGAUAUCGAUACCAACAUGGAGGACGCAGACCCCUUCAACCGUGCCAAGUAUCUCGCGAGACCAAAUAAUGCCAAUCGCCCUUCUUCACAAUUCCUCUCCCAGGCCGAGGAAUCGUCAGCUGCUCGCAGGUAUUCGCCGAAGAAUGUUUUGUCGCCGCCGAUGUCAUACCCUACAAGCCCCGGGAAAUCUCAAGGUUCAUAUGGCUUUCCUUCCUCUGCAUCAGGUCAGGUGCGACGAUCGCCAGUCCGAACUGCAGAGUAUUCAUCACCGCCCCAAGGCUUUCAAACACCACCAUCGAAUCGUGCUCCACGACUUCCGCCUCUCCAGUCAACCGAUCUCAGUUCCGAUCAAUUCUACCCACCCUCCGCAUCUUCACAAAUGAGUGGAUUUGGGUCCGGGACGCGAUCCCCACGCUCUGGCUCAUUACCAUCACAGGCCCCGUCAUUGCCGCCACAAGUUCCGGGCCGCGGUCCGGUUCCCAAGUUUCAGAAGAUUAAGUCUGUGCAGGAGCUCCAACCUCGAGUGCAUACUCAGCCCGCAUAUCGACGCGCGAACCCCGAGGGUGGCUUUAUCAGCCCCCUUAAUGCCUUGACGAGUCAUCUUCCAGCCACUUAUCGCAUUUGCAAUCCCAACUUUCACUACGAAUCCUCUAGAAAUCCCCGACGCGUGUUGACCAAGCCAAGCAAGGGCGUGAAAAACGACGGAUAUGAUAACGAGGAUAGUGAUUACAUUCUCUACGUCAACGACAUCCUCGGUAGUGAGGAGGCUGGUCACAAGAAUCGAUACCUCAUCCUCGACGUAUUGGGUCAGGGUACAUUUGGCCAGGUAGUGAAAUGUCAGAGCUUGAAAACCCAGGAGGUUGUAGCAGUCAAAGUCAUCAAGAACAAAACUGCCUACUUCAACCAGAGCAUGAUGGAAGUCUCGGUGUUAGAUCUGCUCAACAGCAAAUACGAUAAAAAUGACGACCACCACCUCCUCCGUUUGAAAGAUACAUUUAUUCACCGGCAGCAUCUAUGUCUCGCAUUUGAACUCCUCAGUGUCAAUCUCUAUGAGCUCAUCAAGCAAAAUCAGUUCCGGGGACUGAGUACCACUCUCGUCCGGGUCUUUGCGCAACAGCUUCUGAACGCUCUAAGCCUCUUGAACAAGGCACAUUUGAUCCAUUGCGAUCUGAAGCCAGAAAACAUCCUUUUGAAAAAGUCGGUGUCGCAUUUUCUCGAAAGCCCCAUCAUCAAGGUCAUUGAUUUCGGGUCUGCUUGCGAUGAGCGCCAAACCGUCUACACAUAUAUCCAAUCACGCUUCUACCGCUCACCAGAAGUGUUGCUCGGCUUGCCAUACUCAUCUGCUAUUGAUAUGUGGUCUCUUGGCUGUAUCGUGGUCGAGCUCUUCCUGGGGCUUCCUCUUUUCCCAGGAUCCUCCGAAUACAACCAAGUCACUCGCAUUGUCGAGAUGUUGGGUCUACCUCAAACGUGGAUGUUGGAGAUGGGCAAACAGUCUGGUGAGUUCUUUGAGAAAACACAAGACGAGUUUGGACGGAAGACAUAUCGUCUCAAGAGCUUGGAGCAGUUCUCGCGAGAGCAUAACACCAAGGAACAGCCCAGCAAGAAGUAUUUCUCUGCCUCCACCCUGGAGGAAAUAAUCCGGAGCUACCCCAUGCCAAGGAAGAACAUGAAGCAAGCAGAGAUUGAACGAGAAUUGAAUAAUCGAGUCGCAUUCAUCGACUUCGUGCGCGGCCUCUUGGCUAUCAACCCUCUCGAGCGAUGGUCCCCACAGCAAGCUAAGCUGCACCCGUUCAUUACACAACAGAAAUUCACUGGCCCAUUUGUGCCUCCUAUGAACCUGAAGUACUCGACUAUCAACAAGACCGUUGCACCAGGCGUUCAGCAACAACAGCAAGCAGAGGCUGCUAGUAAGCAUAGGGCUGCACAAGCGGCACAUGCGCAAUCAACCUAUUACCAGUUCCAGCAGCCGCCGCCUCCCAUGUAUAACGGAAUGUACCAGCAAGGCGUACCGCCCCCACCUUAUCCCAUUCAGCCACCAGGGUAUGGCCACCAGAUGAAUGUGUCUCCCAGUCAAGCGGCCCAACAACAAUAUGCUCCGCAACAGAGUCUCUAUGCUCAAGCUACAACAAGAGCAGGACGCCAACGUGCGUCUACGAUGGACCCUCAAGGAGGCGGUAUUCCAACCACCAUCCAGCGUGUGGCUAGUCACCUGGACCCAAAUGCACCCAUUCGGUUGCAGCCUAGUCCAGCAUACUAUCCUCCUCCUCCCGAUGGCUAUGUUGACCCCAACAAUGCCAAUCAACGGCGACGUGGAAGCCGUAAUGGUGGCAACGGCAAUGGCAACCAGCGCAACCGCGAUUUCAUCCGCACUCUCGAGGACGGUGCAAUGAGUGAGGGAUACAUUGGUCAGAAUCAGUGGCAAUGA